CUUCCCUAUUCGGCAGACAUUGAUCCAUCGCUCUCUCUGAUUCAUCGCAUCUGUUGGAUCCGUCAUGGUCCAUACGAGGAGCGGCCGGGACGUACCCGCGCCUCCCCCUCACAAGCGACCUCACUGUACCAAGCGUCUGGCUGACUUCACGCCCGACCAACAAGGCAAACCGAAGCGGCAUCGAUACCGUCUCUCUGUCAAGGACUUCUUGGAGGGGGAGGCGGGCGCGCCAAGCAGCAACUCAUCAGAGGCUGGUGCUGUUGAUGACGAGCGUCAAGUGGUGCUCAACGACUGCUCGGUGGGCAUCAGCUUUCCCGCCGACACGAAUGACGUCAGCGAGCGUUUGGUUUGUCGGAUUCUGCGGCGGAACAUCACGGGGCGGGGCGUGUCGAGGCUCAUCGACAAGGGGGCGGAUGCGAGGCUGACAGUGAGGGUCAUGGGCAUGAGGGUGCCAACCCUCAGGUGUCGCGACCACGGCACAUCUCCUCAGUUGGGUCUGCUUCAGUUGGCGAUUGACGACCCCACAGGCAAGCCAACAAGGCAGCUACAUCACAUGUGUCGCGUACUUUGUGGUUGUAAUGUCUUGAUUGGCAUUGAUUGCCAUCAGGUGCGUGUCCUGGGCUCAACUGGGAACAUACAAGGUUUACGAGUGAGGCCGGCACGCCCAUUGUUCUUCCCCAGUGGCCAACUUCCGAGCGACAGAGGGAGGUCCUCGAAGCGCUCAUUGUGGGGGGAGCACCUAUUGGCAAGAAGUCGAUCACGACUGCCUUCCAGAAGGCCAACCACCCUGCUCUCGACACGUUUCUCAGCCACACUUGCGGUGGAGACCUCAUUGACGGGCAAGCGCUCUUCUUCGUCGUCAACAGGCCUUGUCCGCCCAAGGACGUCUAUGAGCAGUACUUCGACGCUCUUCUCCCGUGCAUUCGCCGACUACUCGAGCACGACAGCAGCCUGGCGACCGAGGAGUUGCAUUACAGAUUUCUGCCCAUUCACUCAGUGGCUGAUCAUGCGUCUUUCACCAGGAACUUCACAAGUGAGCCGGCAUUGUCAAUCACACACAUGCACUGACAGUGUGGUUAAAUGUGUGUUUGACUUUUCAGUUGGUUUCUGCGAGCUGCUCUACGAGUUCGGCUCCCCAAUCAACAGCAAAGAGGCCUCAUUCCAUGAUAUGAGGCCGUUUGACCAGGCAAAAGGCGCCGACGAGCCCUGGUUACUGGAGUUCCUGUGCAAGCGUCUGCCAGCUAGUGUCCUCGUGAGAACAGACCCUGAGCUAAUGCGCUUUUUCAUUGGUGGGGCGACCAAGGAAUUGGAGAAACGUUACAAGAGGGGGGCAGAGGCGGCCAAGGAGAAGAUCCGACUGCUGUUGCGUGUCGGCGUGCCUCUACCAGCUGCCCCCAUCGCUACCACCAGGAAAAGCGAUCCAGCACUCAAGGCAGCCAACCGUGAGCGUCAGGAGAUCAAGCGUGAGUAUGUCUGCGUCCUCAACGAGAUUCCUCAUGACGUCAUGGACACCGUCAAUGCUGCCCUGAGGCCCCAACGUGAGCUGGCCGCUCUGCUCACCGAUCUGCUGCCCCUCGCGCCUCACAAUGACGGCCCCCAUAACGAUCCCGUCCCCUCUCUUCUUCACUUCGGCCCACAAGAAGAAGCGGCGAUCGCCUGGCGGAUCGCAGCACUGUGCUUCGACACCGACACUGCUCACCAGACCGUCAGCGACAUUCGGCUCCGCCCCCAUAGCAAAUUCGGCCAUCGCGUCCACGAAGCAAUGGACCACUUCGUCGCCUCUGCUGUCUUUCACGCGAGCGGCAACACAGAGGUGGUCGGUGGGAGGCACGAGGAGGAAGGCCAGGUGGUCCAUGCCCCACCACUGCAGUGCUUCGCCAUACGGGGGCAGGAGGGUGGGCAGCAUCGUGUGUUGGGUCUACGGGAGGUGGUCCACGGGGCCCGGCUUGAUGAAGCGACGGAGCACGGCCUGAGGGGCGUGGUCAAGGGCUUCAACGAGCACCUCGGCGAUGCGGACUGUGAGCUCGAGUGGGACGGGCUGGGCUUUAUCGACGAUGCGGGUGAGUUCGUGUCGAUGGCGGACCGCUUUGCCGUGCCUGUGAUUGAAGAGGACGAGAGGGAGAGGGAGAGCGAGAGCGAGAGUGAUGAGGACAGUAGUAUGGACGAGGACUCAGAUGAUGACGAAGACGGUGACGAGUCGAUGUUGGAUUAAUCUGAGAGAGGAAAGGAGCUGGAAUGGGGUGGGUGUGAGGGAUUGUAUGUAUAUGAGUAAAUUGCCAACGGUGUUUACAGGUAUCUGGACUGCACGAGCAGCAUCAUUCUUGCUUUUCAUGUAUUCGCCGGCUGGGUGGAGAACACUUUGACCUGUGUAGAUGC